AUGUCGAGCAUCCGGUCUCUCUAUGCCUCCGACGGCGGUCACCUCGGGGGUAACAUGGACGUAGAUUAUGUCGUCCAGUACAAGGUUUCCAGCGACAAAGCUGAGGCCGCAGCUGGCUUCACCCAGCUAAUUGAAGCCCUCACUAGGGUUGGGCUCGCUUCAGAAGUUCGAUACGGCGACGGCUCUUCCUUAUUGGUCUUUCUUAAAGUGGCAUCUGAGAAACAUCUAACCAAUCAUAUUUAUCGCGAACGUGUUCAAGAUUGGCUGUACGGCGUGCGAAUUACUACUCCCAAUAAGGACGUGGCUAAAGAAUUCGCCGACCAGCCUGCCACCGAAGCUGAGAGGCUUCGUACCGUUUACUUGCUGAUCACGAAGCCCAAGAACGAAGGUGGUGCGGGUAUUGCGCCCAAGGUUGGCAGGUGGAAGGACGUGGAAUCUAUCUUCCCACUUCAUAAUCACGCCUUCAACCGACAAUGGAUCAAGCAAUGGAGUACCAAGUACUUCCUGGACGACCAGGAUCUCGACCAGAUUCGCGAUAAGUUCGGCGAAAGCGUUGCUUUCUACUUUGCGUUUAUGCAAUCCUAUUUCGCAUUUCUAAUAUUCCCAGCGGCAUUCGGAUUCGGCGCUUGGCUUAUUCUUGGUCAAUAUUCGUGGUUUUAUGCCAUUAUUAGCUCCCUCUGGUCUAUCACCUUUUUUGAAUGGUGGAAAAAGAAGGAGGUCGAUCUCGCUGUCCAAUGGGGCGUUCGUGGAGUAUCUCGGAUCCAACGUCCCCGAACACAGUUUAAAUGGGAGCAUGAGGCUAUAGAUCCUGUCACUGGCGAAGCUGUGAAAGUCUACCCUCCGAUGAAGAGGUUGCAGACGCAGCUGUUACAGAUCCCAUUUGCAUUUGGCUGUCUGGCUAUACUUGGGGCUCUCUAUGUCUUCUGUUUCUCUAUCGAGAUCUUCCUCACCGAAAUCUAUAACGGCCCAUUCAAAUCUUACCUGACUUUCACACCUACAAUAAUACUCACGGGAUUACUGCCAGCACUGUCAACUAUUCUUAGUAGUUUUGCAGAGAAGCUCACUGACAUGGAAAAUUAUGAGACGAUAGACAAUCAUCAUGCCGCUCUCGUUCGAAAGUUAUUCAUCAUUAACUUUAUCACCUCUUAUACUCCCCUUUUCUUGAGUGCAUUUGUUUACAUGCCCUUCGGGAAUCUUCUCGUGCCAUAUUUGGAUAUUUUUAAGAUUACCGCCGAGCAAUUCUCCAGCAAGGAGUCGAUCACUACUCAGGGCUUUCAGAUCAAUCCUGAUCGUUUAAAGAAGCAGAUGAUAUAUUUCACGGUGACAGCGCAAAUUGUGAACUUCGCGCUCGAAGCUGUUGUUCCCUACGUGAAGCGCAAGGCAUUCAAGGAAGUCGAGAGAGUUCAAUCCAAGGGUAAGGUCUCAGUGUCCAGCGACGUCCCCGAAGAACACGAGUUCCUUGAAAGAGUUCGUAACGAGGCUCAACUUGACAUAUACGACGUUACUGUCGAUUACAGAGAGAUGGUUGUUCAAUUUGGUUACCUAUCACUCUUCUCUGCGAUUUGGCCACUUACGCCGCUUUGCUUCUUAAUCAAUAACUGGGUUGAGCUCCGAUCAGACGCUAUGAAAAUCGCGGUUAACAGCAAGAGGCCCAUUCCUUGGAGAGACGACUCAAUCGGACCAUGGCUUAAUGCACUCGGCUUCUUAUCUUGGUUUGGAAGCCUUGUAAGCUCCGCAAUCGUGUAUCUCUUUAGUGGUGAUUCCGAGGGCCCCAGCGGCGACCCGUCCAACAUUGUUGCUUGGGGUCUUUUAUUAAGCAUCCUCCUUUCCGAACAUGUGUACUUGACGGCGCAAUUUGUAGUUCGGUACGCGUUAAAGCAGAUGGAUUCGCCUGGGCUUCAAAAGGAGCGAGCCGAACGCUUUGCUAUAAGGAAACAGGUGUUAGAGGAGAGCUUGGGGCCUGAAGCUACAGAGAAACCCCUGCCUCCCACACCACGAGUUGGGGAAAAGAUUACCCGGGAGUCUUUAGAGGACCAAGCUCGCGAGAUAUCCACUCACGGUGGAGGAACCCCUGAACAACUAUUCUGGCUACGACAGCAAGGAAUGGAUGAAACGAUUCAAAUAGGUCGUACCCUAAUUUCACAGGGGAAAGCGGCCAAGAAUUAG